GCACAUCUCUUUUUUCUUCUUGUACCCGGCCUGCUCUAUAUUUCAGCUUGAUACAUAGAUUAACUUCUACAUCAAAGUUAUUAAACUAAUAGCUUUGAUGUUCUGAAACACCUAUAUACAAAAUUAUACAUCUUCAUACAUAUAUAUAUAGUAUAGUACUAUGGCAGUGCAAUUUUCAUUCUCAGGUAGGUUACCAAUAUUGGUGCUUGCAUUUUGCUUCCUCAUGCUUAUGAAUGCAAGUGGUUCUGUAGCUUCUCGCGUAUUGGUGAACAAAACUAGAGAGAUCUCUAUAUCCACCGACCAAGUUAGAACAUACUUCAUUCAAAAUGGACUAGGCCAGACACCUCCUAUGGGGUGGAAUAGCUGGAAUCGCUUUGGUUGUGAUAUCAAUGAAAGUUUAAUUCGAGAUACAGCUGAUGCGAUGGUGUCAACGGGCCUUGCAGCCUUGGGCUACAAAUAUAUUAAUUUAGAUGACUGUUGGGCCGAACUUAAUCGAGACCAUCAGGGAAAUAUGGUUCCUAAGACUUCAACAUUUCCUUCCGGAAUUAGGGCUCUAGCUCAUUAUGUUCACAGUAAAGGUCUAAAGUUGGGGAUUUAUUCGGAUGCUGGAAAUCAAACAUGCAGUAAACGUAUGCCGGGAUCGCUAGGACAUGAAGAACAAGAUGCAAAAACAUUUGCUUCCUGGGGAAUUGACUACUUGAAGUAUGAUAAUUGUGAAAAUAAUGGUAUAAGUGUCAAAGAAAGGUACCCACCAAUGAGCCAAGCUUUACUCAACACUGGAAGGCCAAUCUUUUUCUCUAUGUGCGAAUGGGGAUGGGAAGACCCAGCAAUUUGGGGCAAAAUAUUGGGAAAUAGUUGGAGAACAACAGGAGAUAUUGAGGAUAAUUGGGAAAGUAUGACUUCCAUAGCGGAUUCAAAUGAUCGAUGGGCAUCUUAUGCUCGACCUGGAGGAUGGAACGAUCCAGACAUGCUCGAAGUUGGAAACGGAGGCAUGACCACAGAAGAAUACCGUGCUCAUUUCAGCAUAUGGGCAUUAGCUAAGGCUCCUUUAUUGGUUGGUUGUGACAUUCGUGCUAUGGAUAACACUACUCGUGAACUAAUAACCAACCCGGAAGUUAUUGCAGUAAACCAAGACAAACUAGGAGUUCAAGGAAAGAAAGUGAAAACUAAUAACAAUUUGGAGGUGUGGGCAGGUCCUCUUAAAGGUAAGAAGGUAGCAGUGAUCUUAUGGAAUAGAAGCUCAUCAAAUGCAACAGUGACUGCAUCCUGGUCUGACAUUGGCUUGAAACCAGGAACUCUAGUUGAUGCUAGAGACUUAUGGGAGCACUCAACACAAUCAUCGGUUUCGGGAGAAAUCUCUGCUGAGCUAGAUUCACACGCUUGUAAGAUGUAUGUGCUGACUCCCAAAAGCGGAAAAUAUAAACACUAGUGAUCAAGUUUCAACUUACUAGAGUAUUGGGAAACCAUUCAGUGCUCCUACAGAGGAACGACAAAUAAAGGAGCAUGAUAUUAUUUUUCAACAAAAUAAUUAUGUAUAAUAUUCAAGUUAAGUUGUCAUUGAAUUUUUAAUUGUAUUUGCAAUUUUAAUGAACCAUCUGAUUUAAUAUAAUAAGCUUUUCAAAUCUCUCCAGAGGUCACCAUCUGGCAUAUAUAAGUGUAACUCAGGCAUCAA